AUGUUUGAGGUGCUGCAGCAGCUGCUGCAGCAGCGGUUUGAAGUGCUGCAGCAGCUGCUGCAGCAGCUGUUUGCAGUGCUGCAGCAGCUGUAUCCAGUGCUGCAGCAGCUGUAUCCAGUGCUGCAGCAGCUGUAUCCAGUGCUGCAGCAGCUGUUUCCAGUGCUGCAGCAGCUGUUUCCAGUGCUGCAGCAGCUGCUGCAGCAGCUUCUGCAGCAGCAGUUGCAGCAGCUUUUGGCUUCUUCAGUCCCAGCUGUAGCUUGGGAAGCUCCACUUGAAUUUGAAUUUGCGAAGCAGCAAACUGCGUCUUGGGCUCCACUUAAAGCCCUUUGGUUUCUUUCAUUUUGA